CUCACCACUUCUUCGCGUACUCUUCUAAGGGCGUUUCCAAGUGUCUGAAGGGUUCCUAAAAAAAAAAAGAAAUUGGAACGUUACUAAUGUUCCAAAUUUUUUUUAAAAAAAGUACUUUCCUCCUUAAGUAUUUUCCAAGGAUUCUGUCGAUUCCGAAGCAUCCGGAAUCAUCGAAUUGAUCGGAUAUCCGAUGAACCAUCCGAUCAAUAUGACGGAUAAUCCGAUCAGUCCGUAAUCCGCGGAUGGCUCGGGAGCACAAGUGAAACUUGCGGUAAAAACGUGAUUUUAAAGAUCAUAACAAGUUCCCUUUUAUGAUUUAGAUCACUGAUAUCACCAAACUUUCAAAGAUUAAAUAAAAAACAAAUUAAUGUCUAAUAUAUUUCCCUCAAUUUAAAUUUAUCAAAUUAUAUUAUUAAACUCCUGGAAUUUUAAUUUUAAGGAAUGACAUCAAUUACAAAAACUCAACCACAAAUAUUAUUGCAUGGUAGAAUUCCACAUAAUGUUCUCGCUAAAUUAGCUUCCUCGAGUUUGAAUCAAGUUGAAGAAGUUGGAGAACAUGUAUGGAGUAUACCCAAUGAAAAUUCUUGGAAUGCACAAACAUUUAAUAAUUAUCUAUUCUCCAUAUCUGAUAGUGGUAAUCAUCUUGUUUGGACUUCUGGGAGUCAUAUUGUAAUUUUAAGAUUAGAUGAAACAAGAAAAGAAUUUGAAGUUAUUGGAGACGUAAACGGAUGUUACGAAAGAGGGGAAAAAAUAACUGCUAUUUUGUGUUUGCCUUUCUUUACGCCAUCGGCUAGAAAUAAUAAUCAAAUUUUUGUGUUAGUUGGUUAUAAUACGGGAUAUCUUAAGAUAUUUUCGGAGACAGGUAAUUUAUUAAUUUCACAAUUAUUGGAUACAUCACCAAUUAUUGCGAUAAAACUUCGUACAGCAAUCGUUCCAACAUUUUCAUUACCGUCUCCAACUGAAUUGUUAUCACGAGAACAAAAAUCAGCGUCACAUUCAUUUAAUGAAGCUGAUGAAGAAAUAACCAUAUUAUUUAAAGGAGAAAAAGUUGUUAGUAUAGAUGGGAAAAGUUUAUGGAUGGUUCUUAGAAUUUGUGUUGGAUCAAAUCAAUAUGAUAGUAAUAAUACAUUGAGUAAUUCAACAGGAGAAUCUAGUACUGGUCAAGUACCUGGUGGGGCAACUUCUUUUGCAUAUAAAAAAUGGCAUUUUGAAGGGCAAGAGGAUGUUGUUGAUGUUGUUAGUUGUGGACCAUCUCAUUAUUGGACAGCAAGUAUAACAGAUCAAACAUUCUCAACAACUACAACAGCAUUAUUUACGUCAAAUGCUACGGCAAGAUAUAUUGCAGUUGGAUCAAAUCCCAUGUUAUCAUAUUAUGCUACAACAGAUUCAAGUAGACCAUUUCUCUUGGCCGCUAGUAUGGUAGCAUCAAGAGUUACAAAUGCCGUAUUUUCUUUAGCAAAAACAUUGUUAACUGUUACGGGAACAAUGCCUUCUGUUGGAGAAGUUUCUUCAUCAACAGCUGCUACUAAUAUACCACCUGCAAAAUCUAUUCCGCUUAUACUUUCUUUAAAUGAUUCAAACAGACAAAUUUUAUCAAUCGUCAUGUCACCUGCUGCUGCUGAUGGAAAAUAUCAAUUAGCUGCGUUAACUGAUUCAUUGGGCAGGGUAACAUUAAUUGAUGUUGAAGAAGGAGAAAUCAUUGUAAUGUAUAAGGGAAUUAGAAAUGCUCAAUGUGGAUGGGUUGAAGCUAUUGAAGAUGAUGAUACGGAUGAUGAUGAGAAAUCUGGUGAUAGUGCUCCAUUCUCUUUUACAAGAGGCAUGAAAUAUAGUAAAAGAAUUGCAUUAUUUCUUAUAAUAUAUUCACCACUUCGUGGUAUUGUAGAAAUUCAUCAUAUGCGUCAUGGAAUUCGCGUUGGUCAUUUCUCAAUUGGACAAGGAUGGCAUGUUGUCACUUCAGUUUCUGCUCCACUUGGAGUUAGUAUGGGAGGUGGAAUGGGUUUUUAUGAAUCAGGUAGGAGAGGAUGUAGAAAUGCUGGAUUGGCUAAAUGUUUUUUAAUCGGCCCACAAGGUGAAAUGAAGAAAGUUCAUGUUCCUUUUGGAUGUGCAAUUAAAAAGUUGAUCAUAUUAGUGUAUUCAAGAGUCUUCUGCGCAAAUAUGAAGCAGCAGCUGCGGAUAAAAAGGAUGUUCAUUCACAAGAACUCAUGAAAACUCUUGAUUUGAUAACGGAUCCUAAAAUAAAAUUUGAAGUGUUGACAUCACUUCCGGAUUCGUUAGCUCCAACAUUUCAUUUAC